UUUUGCAAGAUCUGUUGAUCAUGCUGACGGGAUUUCCACAAUACAGACACCUCACACACACAGUAUGGGCAGGGCGAUUGAGGAAGUACUCAACGUGAACAAAACUUUCGGACAGAACGCAAAUUAAAAUUCACCGCUGUGUUUCUCUGAGUUGGCAUCAUCUCAUCUCCAGGAGUAUCUAUUCCAUUUCAAGAUGUUUGCCAUUUCUUUGGAAACUGCCACCAAGUGUCUUCUGGUUUUGAUGGCCAGUACCAUGGUUGUGAAAAGCGAGGACACAGGAGUUGAAGAAUGCGUUACUUACAGACAGCAUAAAAGGGACCUGUCUUACUGCAAUCUCACCAAGGUGCCCUCCGAUCUACUGAAUGACACCACGUACCUGGAUCUCUCCCACAAUAACAUCUCAGGACUCCACAGAGGCGACCUUGCUGGGCUUCCCCACCUCUGCUUCCUGAAAAUCACCCACAAUGGACUGCGAUACAUUUCCCCAUCGGCCUUCACAGACAACAUCAAGGUCCUGAACAUCUCUCACAACUCCCUAAUGACCAUCCCAGUCUUGCCAUUGCCACAGCUUAGGAUUCUAGACAUAUCCGGCAACCUUUAUGACAGCUAUGCUCUUGGAAAAUCCUUUGAGAAUUUGUGGCAUCUUAGUUGCCUUUCACUUGGGAGUCCAAAUUCCCUAGUGGUAAAAGCCAAUGAUUUUGCACCUUUAAGAAACCAUUCAUUAAAAUGGCUGACCUUAGGUGGGGGCAACAAAUUGCAAAAUUAUGAAUCCGGUUCCUUUGCUCAGCUGAAGUCUCUACAAGUGGUAACACUCAAGCUGUCAUUUUGCCAGCGGUUUGAAAUGUUUAAGACCGUCCUGCUGGACUUGGACCAAAUUAAAACCAAGAAAAUAAAGCUGGUGAAGUUCCUUCCUCACUUCUGCAACGUGUCCAGCGAUCCGUUUGAGGCACUGAGCGAAAUGCCCUCCCUGAGGAACUUAGCAUUCGUGGACACCUGGAUCAACAGUUCCGUCAUGACAAUGCUGCUGAAGAAUGUGCUUCAGUCUCAGAUCCAAACGGUUGCAUUUGUGAACAUCAGCUAUAACCAGGACACACCCAAUGGCGUCCAGUUCUAUGGUUUCCCAGGGUAUAACGGCACGGCGAGCCUCAAAUCAGUCAUAUUCGAUGGGGUGCUCCACUAUCAGUACAACUAUCCGAAAAUCCACAUAAACGUUUCCUACUUCCCCUUCAUGAGUUACCUGAGGUUUUCCAACACGGGAAUGAACAUCUUGCCGUGCUACCUAAUGUCCGCUAUCCCAUCGCUGGAGACGCUGGACCUAUCGAACAACCUGCUGACGGACAGCGGGUUUUGGUGGCCCGCCUGUUCGUACACUAAGGUCUUCCCUGCCCUGAGGUGGCUCUCCCUGAGCCACAACAGGUUUCAGUCCUUAGCCUUCAUCUCCCGAAAGACCCAUGAGAUGAAGUUCCUGGAGUCACUGGACCUGAGCUUCAAUUCGAUCGUCUUGCAUGGCCAGAGGUGCUUCUGGCCGGCCCACCUGGCUGAGCUCAGCCUGAGCAACAACAACCUGGGCAACACGGUUUUCCGAUACCUGUCGCCCCACUUCCAAAGGAUCAAUUUGUCGAAGACGGGAAUAACCGCCAUAACCAGAGAGGCCCUCUCGGGCCUCCCAAGCCUGAGGCACCUGUACCUGAGUUUCAACAGCAUCCACACGCUUCCAGAUGAUCUCCAGGCUCUGAAUUUGCAAAGGCUUUACGUGAAUGAAAAUGCCAUUACUUCAAUCAGCCAGAGCUCCCUGUGGGGUCUGCCGGGACUGAACGUUCUGAAAGCGGGCGGCAAUCCAUUCAGCUGCAGCUGUGACUCUUACUGGUUCGUGACGGCUUUCAACAAAUCUCGGCUCCCUGAUUGGCCCGCGGGUUACACGUGCAGUAACCCUCCCUCCUUUGCGGGAAUGUCUCUGGAAGAGUAUAAGCCGGGUCUACUGACCUGUCAGCCUUUGCUCCAAGCCGUCACAGUGGUUAGCAUCGUUGUUGUAAUCGCUGCAGUCUCCGGUCUUACCUUCUAUGCCUGCGAUGGGGUCUGGUACACUAAGAUGCUGUGGGUUUGGAUAACGGUGAAACGAAGAGGUUACCAGGAGGCCAUCAGACUUCGGGAAGCCUCCUUUCGCUACCACGCCUUCAUUUCGUACAGCCAAAAGGACGCCCCGUGGGUGGACUCUAAGCUGGUCCCCAGCCUGGAGGGCGCUGGCCUGACCCUCUGCGUCCACGAGCGGGACUUCGUUCCUGGCGAAUGGAUCCUGGACAACAUCAUCAACUGCGUGGAGCAAAGCUACAAGACCUUAUUUGUGCUGUCCCGGAACUUCGUCCAGAGCAACUGGUGCACCUACGAGCUCUUCUUCGCCCAGCACCAGGCCCUCAGCGUCCGUCAGGACUCCCUGGUCUUCGUUCUGCUGGAGCCCAUCCCCGCUGACUCCAUCCCCAGGAAGUUCCUGAAGCUGAGGUCCCUGCUCCGGCAGCAGACCUACCUGGAAUGGCCGCAGGAGGAACGCAAGCGGCAGGUCUUCUGGGCCAGCCUGAGGACCAUGCUGCGUACGGCCGACAAGAGCAUGGUCCUCAAGGAAGAAGCGGGAGACAUCGCUGAAACUUGCCCUCUGUUGGCGCACAUGGCCCCAACAGGAUACUCCUUGCACCCUAAGUGACACCAUACAUUUUUUAAUUUUACUUGGUGCUAUUGAUGGGAGACUGAUGCUUUAUAAGCUGCACUAUAGGAAGGAGCUGCAGUGCAUUGACUUGUGGGUCGGUCAAGUUUGGCAACAGAAGGUGGGGGAUGGGGUACUAGAAUUUAAAUAUGUGCCAGAAUAAUAAAUAAAUGUUAUUUGGAAUAUUAUCACAUUUUUUGCAGUUGUCCUCCAAAGAGGAAGUGGUGAGGUGAAAAACAUAAAAGAAGAGGAGAAAAAGAAGGCUUUUCAAACAGGCCACAUGAAUGUUUCUGCAUUGUGUACAAACAAACACUGUUGUAAAGCCA